AAUUUUAGUAUAAUUUAAAUUCUAUAAUAUAAAAUAGGCAUUCAGAGACGAUAAAAUUCAUUCGAUUUGUCUCACAGUUAAGUUCAGUUUAUACUUAAUACGAUAAUACAAUGAUUUUCAAGGUCUCUAUUUUAUUGUUAUUUUUUAUUCUUGCUGCUAGCUGUAUUAAAACGGACCCAUCAGAAGCUUCAAGUUCAGCUGGACCUAGAGAGGAAACUGAAGCUUCAAGUUCAGCUGGACCUAAAGAAGAAACUGAAGCUAAGAUGUUGGAAGAUUCGUUCAACGAUUGUUUAAAAUGGUGUAGCGAAGGCCUAAACUAUAAACUAAAACAUAUAAACUUUGAUCUUUUUAUCUAUUAUAUGGGUCGUCAUUGGCAAGACAUUGAGGUCACCGAAAAUUACUUCGAGGAUCAUCCAGAAUCAAUAGAAAAAUUAGAAAAAAUAGAUUUGACGGUAUAUUGUGACCUUUUGAAAUACUAUUGCGCGAGAGUAUACCCUUACUAUACCGUGCAAAGAUGCGCUGAAAUGAAGAAAAAUACAGGAAUAAUUAGUCCUCUCAAAGAAGUGGCACCGAGUCUUGAUGCUAUGGUCAUAGCUCAAAAAAAUGCGUCUUAAAAAAAAACAUAAAAAUGUUUACAUUCUAAUUACAAAAUGUUUAAAACAGCUAAAACUUUUUUGUAUAUUACGAGUAUUUAAAAAUUUUAAAAAACGUUACGAAAAAUUCAACGUACGUUGAAUAUAAUAAAAUGUAUUCAAAAUAUAAUACCA